ACGACACCAUCGAUGAAGAAUCUAUAAAAAACACAUCAUUAGGAGAAAACGAUUUAUCAACUUCAACUAAAAAAAGUGAUAUUACAUCGAAAUAUGCCAUUUUAAAACGAGAUCACUCUAACUCUUCAAGUUUGAGCUUUAGCCAAAAGUCGAGAAAAUCUAGUGUGAGUUCAUUGGAAUCAAUAGAUGAUCAAAUGAGUUUUAAUACAAAGAAUUUAUCGAUGAGUUGCGAGAAAAUUCCAGAUUUACUAGCGGGAAAUAAAGAACAAGUUACCGUUACCCAUAUUAACAGUCCAAGUUCGUUUUACGUGCAUUUCAUUAAGUCGCGAAAUACUUUUAACGAAUUAACACGCGUUGUUAGCAAGUAUGCUAAAGGAACGUGUAUAAAAGUCGAACCUGAAUUGAAUGAAAUUUAUUUGGUAAAAUUUUCCGAUCCAAAUCACACAAAAUGGUAUCGCGGUCGAAUUACGGAAAUUGAUAAAAUCUCCGAUAAAUACACUGUAUUCUUUAUUGAUUACGGAAACACUUCCGUUGUAUCAAAAAAAUGGAUCAGAUAUCUUCCACCAAAAUUAAUGAAAUUCCCGCCAUUAGCAAUUCAUUGUAAAUUUUCUGAAUUAUACCCUUUAGAAUCAUUUUGGAAUAUAAACGCGCUAUCUUUGAUGGCCGAUAUCGUGAAUAACGAAAUAUUAUUGAUGAUUAUCAUUAAGAACUCUUUGGAUGCGUUGGAAGUUGAUUUAAUUACUUUGGAUGGAACCACUUCCGUUCGAGAAGCUUUGAUUUUUAGUAGAGAAGCUGUCCCGAUUUUAAAUUCAAAUCAUCUUGUUUUAGAAGCGAAAAAGGUAAUUAUUAAAUAUU